AAUACGUUAAUAAUAAGUAUUAUAAAGAUUAGUUUCGGCUUAGGUAAGGAAAUCGUUACUCUAGGUAUAAUAAAAGUAAAGACGCACUUCGGAACAAUAACUUUUUAUAUUUUACCCGUUAAUACCCCAUUUCUCUUAUAUUUAAAAAAUAUAAAUUAA